CGAAGCUGAACGUCGCCGGCCUGGAAGUCAACGUGUACAAGACCGCUGAGCAUGGGGAGAACAUCGCCAACCUGCCUGUGGCAGUCCUGUUCCUCACCCAUGGCCGCACUGGCAAACACGACAACCCCAACAUGCUGGAGCUCGUUGCGCGGGCUUUCGAGUACUUCGAUGAGCAACGUAAGAAGGAGAAGCCCUCGCAUGAAUUGGUGAUCAUAUCCUUCGAUCAACGCAAUCACGGCCAUCGUAUGCUCGACGUUGCGAAGAACUGGUCUUGGGGUCCCAAAGGCAGUUACGACGGUGGCAACGAUACACAUGCAAUGGACAUGUACGGUCAUUUCACCGGUACAGCGAAGGACAUCAGCUUCCUGAUCGACUUUCUCCCACCCUACCUCUACCCCAUGGAUGAGCGUACCAUUGAUCUCUGGACAGCAGCUGGCGUCUCCCUGGGUGGUCAUGCCACCUGGGUCGCGCUCGCGAACGAGCCCCGUCUCACCGUGGGCAUCCCUAUUAUCGGAGCCCCCAAUUUCAUCCCUCUCUUCCAGCGACGUGCCGAGGAACGCGGAACGCCCUUCGGACCGCCUUUUAUGCCUAACUCCAUGCUCCGCCUGAUGGAGCGACUUGACCCAGCUAAGCAGCCUAACAAGCUUAACGAACCCGGCAACCCGUAUGUAGGAAAGAAGAUCCUCGUCCUCUCUGGAGCGGAAGACAAGUCUGUCCCACACUCUGUCAGUGCUGCUUGGAUUGAUGAGCUGGAGGUCGGGCCAUCUGGAGUGAAGGAGGUGUGGGUGCAGGAGAGCAAGGGGCACGAGACUACGCCGGAGAUGGGUGACAGAAUGGCCCAAUUCUUGUGGAAGCACGCUUUGGGCCCAGCUUGAUUGUACCAAUUGUUCCAGUGGCUGCAGGGAAGAAAGAUAAAGAAAUCUAACACAUCCG